CUCCUCCUCCGCCGAAGCGGGCUUACGACUAAUGCUCUUUAACAAACGUAGAACUUUUUAAGAUAUCACUAUGGUUCUUGUUCGACUCGCUGUCUAACUACCACUAUGAUGGGCGGCUAAACCUGGUGGUAUUGCGAUAUUCUCAAUCAACUAUUCCGCCGCAAGCUCUCGAUUCUCGUGCCAGCCCUAGGGAAGCGAUUCAGAAUAGGACCUAAAAUACGGCUAGUGUAGGACGAUGGGCCAAGGUUGCGGUAGCGUAGUCGGAUCAUCCUUUUUGGGGUCCUUGUCGUAGUCCGCGAUGAACUCGCGAAUGUAGGCCCCGUUGAAGUCAAUGAGAACUAUGCUGCCGUCGGGCUUGACCAUGAUAUUCCGCGGAUGCACGUCUUGGUGCCUAAACCCCAGUCUCCCACAGGAUAGUGAUCUCGGCUUCGAAAAUCUUCUGGAGGACGCGGAAACUGCGGUCUACCUUCCCCGGCGGCUCCGUCUCGACGGGCGGGAAGGCAAGGGCGAACCCGAUAGCUGGAUCCUCGAAGUCUCCCGACGGUCUUCAGCUCCUAUAAUCGGCGGUCUCGCGGGGUGGCGGCCCGUAGGCCCCAUACAAGCUAAAGGGUUCUGGCGGUAAAUGCUCACGAAUGCGGAGUGUCGUGUUUGGGAGGUACGUCCCCCGACCAGAGCGCUGUCGCCGGGGAGAUGGUGGUUGCGGGCAGGGGGAGGGUUGCCCACCAAUCAAC